AUGGUAUCGAAUGGAGGAGAAGGCGAAGCGAGGUUCCGUUUUGAACUCUCUGUUUCAUUCUGUUUUCUUGCCGGUCGAUACCGAGUCUCGUGUCAGAGUCUGCUCGCGUGUUUCAGCUCGGCGUCGCAGCUUUCGGGGAUGGAGGCUGAAGAGGACACGAGCAACGAACGAGUGGCCACUUACAAGGUCGGCAUGCUGGGCGCGUCCGGGGUUGGGAAAACCGCCCUCACUGCUCAGUUCACCACCAGCGACUACAUUUGCGCCUACGACACUUCUCUCGACGAGGAAUACGGGCAGAAAAGUGUCUCCGUGAUGCUCAACGGCCAAGAAACAGAACUAGAAAUCAUAGAUCAUCCCGCAGCGGAGAUGUCGGUCGAAACAUUUUGCUCGACGUACAGCCCGGACGUUUACGUGGUAGUUUACUCGGUGGUGGAUAGACGAAGCUUGAAAAUGGCCGAGGAGACGUUGUUGUAUCUGUGGAAGAGUGAUUACAUGGCUAGCCGCGGCGUGAUACUCGUUGGGAACAAAGUUGAUCUCGAGCGAAAACGGGAGGUCCCAUCUGUUGUUGGCCGACGUUUGGCAAACAACUGCGGCUGCAAAUUCAUCGAAACUUCGUCGGGGCUUGCCCAUCACGUGGACGAGCUGCUGGUCGGCAUAUUAGCGCAGAUCAAGCUGAAUCCGCAACGUGAUCGCGACCAAGCAACCAGACGGAGACGGAACAAGCAUCGCCGGAGAAUCUUGAAACACCUGUUGGGCUUCAAGAGGAAAACGAAGAGCUGCGAGGACUUGUUCGUUCUCUAACGUUCUCCACGGAAACUCGAAACAAGCCGCUAAGAAUACCUAAAACGUUCGAUUCGUCCAUCAUCGUUUUUUUUUUUUUUUCUUUUUCUUCUCCUUUUUUUUUUUUUU